UGUAGCUCACUGUUUUGCUCACACUGCAUUCGAGUGGCGUACUGUUAGCGCCCAAUGGAUACUGAACUGAAUGGUAUCAUUUUGAAGUGCCUUUCUGCACCUCUGAACCCUAAUUCUCUGGAAAGCUCGAUCCAGAACCUGCUGUCGGUGCUGUACCCUCCCUUCGAGGCUACCGCCCCCACUCUCCUCAGCCAGCUCUUCCAAGUCAUAGAUAGCCAUUAUCGGGGGGAUGCCCUGCGGUGCCUGCUGGACUUUCUGGUGCCAGCCAAACACAUCUUAGACAGCGUGCAACAGGCUGCAUGUGCUCAGUACUCUGAUGUUCUAUUCCUGUGUGAGGGCUGGCCUCUGUGUUUGCGUGACCAAGUUGUCGUCCACCUUGCUCCCAUCAACCCGCUGAUACUUCAGCCCGGCGACUUCUACCUCCAGGUGGCCCCUUUCUGUGACCAAUCAGCUCGCAUCGUAGUCUGCAGCCUCCUGGAAGAGGAGGGGCUUGAGGUGGAAGUAGUAGAGGAGAAUCCCAUCCCUGAGACUUCCUAUCCUUGUAUAUUCAGCUCUGAUUGGUUGGAAGAGAUCAACCAAGGCCGCCAUGGAACACCUCUCAGCCGCUGCCUGCUAACCACCGAGCAGGGCGUGGUGAGGUUACCAUGGGGACGGGUUGCUGUGCCUGAUUUUGUGGACGUGCCACUGUGUGCUGGGAGUAGCAUGGCCUCUGCUCCUCCUUCAUAUCCUCCUUCAUAUCCUCCUUUACCUCCGAUUCCUCGACCUCCUCAUUUUCCUGAGAGUUCUUCUUCAAAUUCUUUAUUUCCUCUUCCUCCUUCCAAAGAAUCGGCACCAAAACAGUAUCCUGUUAGCAUUCAUAAUUCAAAUUCAUCAUCUUCUUCUCAUCCGUCUGCCUUCUCCGUGGAGACCAGAAUAUGUCCAGUGAGGCACGGCAUUGCUGUGUCACUCCGCCUGGUGGAUACUAGCGCUGCGUCUUCCUCGCGGCCGGUCAAAGUUAAAGAACCUGAAGCUGAGCCUAAGCCUGUGGGCUGGGUGUCCCCUAAUACUUGGGACAGCUGCUCUACUGGGGCAGGUCCAAAAACAAGCACUGUUCCAGGUGCAGGCACUUCUGCAAGGGAAGAUACAACUAGGUGCAAAGGUGAAGAAAAGGCUGGAAUUGUUUCUGAAAAUAUAGGGCCGCAAAAACCUAAAGAUAUAAGCAGAAGAGGCCCAGUUGUGGAGGAAGGGGAAUAUAUUGAUAUACUUCAGGCAACUAUGCUUUUUAGUAGAGCUAAGUCAGCAACUAAAGAACGGCAGAAAUUAGAAGUGCAAAUGCAACCGCACACACAAAUUGAACCACAAAUGCAAAGGCUUCCACACAGGCCACCACAUCCACAAAUGGAGUCGCACUGGCAAACACAGAGUCAUCCACCUCAAGCCCAGUCACAAGCUCAGGUGCAGUUUCUCACAAAGCCACAAACUCAAAGUCAUGUUAGACCAGAGGCGGCAGCAUCAUUUAGGCCCAACGUGUCUGAAAAACCACCUCCGUACCAUUCCCAAUCCCAUCAGCCUCACCCUGACUCCCUGGAGGUUUCUCAGUGUGUCCGCUUCUCAGAGAAACCCUGUACCCCGUGCCAGAGGAGAAGACAAGGCGGAAAGGCCUCCAGGGCUCCGGAGCUGAAGUGUCGAUACAGGGACUCCUACCAGGCUGCUAUAAACAACCCUGUCAACUUUAAACAGGAGAGUGGGCACAUGUUGACAAUGGUGGAGGAGGAUGGUUUCUCUAAGUGUGAUGAAAGACUACCAGAGACAGAGGAUCCGCGGUGUAAUGUUCAAGGAAUGUGGAUUACCUCUGCUACGCAACAGCAGCCUCCUUCCUCGGUCUGUGAGGAGUCGGGAGAAAAAAGCUCUGUUCCAUAUUGGAAAACAGGAGACACAAAAAAUGCCCCCUGUAUGGAUUACAGGGGAACAAAUGCUUUACAAUGUGGUGGGCAACCAGAAGCAACACCUGAAAGGACCACUCAGCCCUUUAGGGAACCAAGGGAUGCACACUCUGCCAAAACGUAUGGCAAUUUACACAAUGUAAACGGGACACAUUUAGCGGCAGGAACGAGGACAAACACUAAUAGAGCUUUGUCUAGUUCAAACAAUCAGCCAGAUGUCAUCUCUGUUAAACACGGCGGAUUACCGUUUACUUCCUCUGAAAUCUCAGCGGUGAACCUCAAGCCUCGUGAAAGGCUACAAAGCAGAACCAUUUCCACGGGAGUGAGUGCUAACUUUCCUCUUUCAGCGUCGCAGAACAGACCGGAGUCCAUGUUUGAUGGCAGAUGUUCCUCCCUGUCCACAGCUGUGGUGGACACCUCUGAGAAGUGUUCACUGGUCCUUGUUGAAGGUCAAAAUGUUCGGAGAAAAGACAACUCCGGCUCCUGUGGAAAGAUUCCCCAGCUGCAUGUGGUGAAAUGUAAAAACAGCACAGCCUUUGGACUGGUUUCACCCAAGAUCAACCGGAGGAAUAUGGCAGCUCCAGAAGCUGCUCAGCCUGGCAGUACGUUCAGCAGCAGAGAUGGCCAUCAGACGGAACAGCCGUCACAGACAGAUCCAAUUCAAGCAGCAGAGACACAGAAGAUGUCCCAGCCCACCUCCACCCGUCCCAGACCGGACCACCUCCCCCUGGGGUCCCCGGACCCCAGAGCCCACCCCCUCUACUUAGGAGUGGCAGCUCUCACCGGCGGCAGAGACAGGACAGGCCGGGCGAUCGUGGAGCUGUAUGGACAUCACCAGGGAUGGAGAUCAGCUGUCACCAGCCAGGAGCUCUUCCAGAUGCUGCUCUACUUCCGCACCAUCACCAGGAGAGAAAUCAGAGAAGCUGGGAUGACUCUUAUUUUUGAUUCGAGGAAGAUAAAUCCUCAGCCGCAGCUCUACAAGGCCUUGAUGACGCUUCAGGAGCUGACUCUGCACGCAGUAAACAGUUUCGUGCUGCUGGUGGACAAGGACAGAAAUCUUCAGCCAGAGCGGUGUCCCGGCAUCCAGACUGAAGUGGUGACGUCGAUGAAAGCCCUGUUGAAGCUGGUGGAGGCAAGUCAGCUAAGCUCUCGUCUGGACGGAGCGAUGUCUCACAGCCCCUGUGACUGGAUAGAGCUGCACCAGAAACUCUUCCCAUUUGUGUCUGAUCUUCAUGAGGCAUCCAGCCUUCUACUGAGAGCCAUCAGUAGGUUAGAGGAGCCCCAGAGGACCGACACUGUACAGUGUGUGCAGCAGUGCAUGGUGGACCAGAGGACUCUGAUGAGGAAUGUACUGGAGGACAGCCGAUUGGUCGAACUGCAGAGGGAGGGCGGGGCCGUCCUGGCGAGGUUAAGAAAGGAGAGUGACCUCAAGUACCCCCACUGCGAGGAGCUCAGUGACGCAGUGGACUCGGUGUCCAGCCUGUACAACUACGUGGAGGAGCAGGCUCACAUCCUCGUGCAGAGGUCCAACAUGUCUGUGGAACACCUGGAGUACCUGCUGCAACUCAGAGAGAUGGAGGGACACUUCACGCAGAUGCAACAGUGGUUUACUGCAGAGGGAGAGCGCCACCUGCCCGAGGCUGAGUCAGUCGAGGACUCUGGAGAGCAAAUGGAGCAGACCCUCAACAGCUUCACUCGCUUCCUCAUUGAAGCUAAUGACCGCAGACACCACGCCAUGACGUUAGUGUCAGAGGCAGAGCUCCUCCAGCAGAGUGGGCUCUCCUACCCAGAGACGGAGGAGUUCUGGACUCUAGUCUGCUCCUUCAAGUCAGGCCUGGAGGAGUUCCUGUGCAGAGCAGAGGCCUGCGGCAGGGAGCUGCAGACCAUGGUCAACGUGUGUGAUUUCUGUGAGCAGGCUAAUGCUCUGGCCAGCGAAUGCAUUGAGUACCUGGACCAGACUCAAUCCAGAAUCUACCAAAAGCAAAACCGUGACCAGGAUACAGCACCUGUCAAUCAAGCCAACCCUCAGCCAAUACAGCGCCACAACCAAGACCCUCGAUCGAGCACUGCAUCCCUUUUCCCAUCUGAUGCAUCCCACCCAACCACCACCAGUGUUAUACCGUCCAGCAGUGACACCUCCGUACUCCAGACCUUCCAAGACAGGUUCCUCCAGUUCAGCCCAGAUACAUUUCAGGAAGUGAAGGCCCAGGCCAGCGCCCUGAGGGGCUCCAGGGGGAUGCAGGUCUGGAACGUAGCCUGGCUGCGAUGCCAGGAGGCCAGGCAGCAGCUUCAGGAGAGGAUCCAGGAAGUGGAUGAGGUUUUCCACCCUGAACCAGACUCUAGCAGCUGGUGUGAAGGUCAUUAUGUUGAUGUGGUGAGCACUACUGUCCAGACACCGUCACCUGGGAGCCAGAGUCUGGUGGUACAGUCAACACCCGGACCUGGUCACCCGCAGUGGGAGAGCAUAGUGUCUGGAGCCGUGGAUUUAGGGAAGAGAAGGCCGAUCCUGGGCAGCAACAACACAGACCCAACAUCUGCAGCCUGCUCUAACAUCAAACCUGAAAAUCACAGCCAGGAGUCAAAGGUCCCUCCACAGUCUCCUCACAGUAGGACGGCAAGGAGAACAGAAAGAGAGACGAGGAGGAGACAGACGAGUAGAGCGAGGAGCGAGAGGGACGCCGCUGCUCUGUCUCAGUCCCACACUGUCGGUUGCCAGUGGUUUCCAUGGGCACGAGGUCUUGGAUCCAGGUCGGUGAGCCAGGACUCGUGCAUCACAGCAGCAGUGACGGCGGGGUCCUCCACUCCUCCAGAGCAGCGGGGACGCCCCUCCUCGUCCUGCUCACACCACGGCCAGCCGUCCUGUCGGAUCCUCCAGGAGGCUCAGAAGUUCCAGCUGUCCCGACACGGCAGCUUCUGCUCCGAGGACUCCUGUAUGAGCGACCGGGGGGCGGCGGGGGGGGACGGGACUUUAGGCUGCAAACACUCCAGCCUGCCCAUCGGGAGAUAUGAGGGGGCCUUUGGUUUGGCAAAUCCACAGGAGAGUGCCAGCAAUGCACUGAGGCUGCAGCGUGUCCUGGAGGAGCUGGUGUUCACAGAGAGGGAGUACGUCCGCUCUCUGGGCUACAUCCUGACGCACUACCUCCCUCUGCUGGACCGACCCGACAUCCCCCAGGACCUCCGGGGCAAGAGAGGCGUCAUCUUCGGUAACCUGGAGAAGCUUUACGACUUCCACAGCCACUAUUUCCUGCCGGAGCUGGAGGCCUGCCAGAGGGAGCCCGCCAUGGUGGCCCGCUGCUUCCUCAGACAUAGUGAGAGCUUUGGCUUGUACGCUCUGUACAGCAAGAACAAACCACUGUCAGACGCCCUGAUCCUGCACCGCCGCCAUGACAUCUUCAAGAAGAAGCAGCAGGAGCUGGGGGACAUGAUGGACCUGUCCUCCUACCUGCUGAGGCCCAUCCAGAGGAUCAGCAAGUACAGCCUCCUGCUGCAGGACAUGCUGGCUCUGUCUGGCUCACACAGGCCCAAAGACAUGAUCCAGGACUCACUGCUCGCUUCCAGCAUGUGCCCACAGAGUGUGAGCGGCCCGGGUUCAUAUGUGCCUGAUCAGAUGAGCAGGGAGAGGGAGCGAGAGAGAGCUGAGAUCCAGGCUGCUGCAGAUCUGGUCCGCUUUCAAAUGCGUCAUGGCAACGAUUUGCUCACCAUGGACGCCAUCCAGGACUGUGAUGUGAAUUUAAAGGAGCAGGGCCAGCUGAUUCGCCAGGAUGAGUUCAAUGUUUUCUUCCGGAAGAAGAAAUGUGUCCGCCGCAUCUUUCUAUUUGAAGAUCUCAUCCUCUUCAGCAAAACUAAGAAGACAGUUAUUGGCAACGAUGUUUAUGUCUACAAGCAGUCAUUCAAGACUAGCGACAUUGGGAUGACUCACAACUCCAGUGUGAGUGGUUUGUGUUUUGAGAUCUGGUUCCGCAGGAGGAAAAGUGGGGACACCUACACCCUGAAGGCCCCCAGCAUGGAGGUGAAGAAAGCCUGGACCACCGACCUGGAGAGGAUUCUGUGGGAUCAGGCCGCCCACAGCAGAGAUUUGCGUUUGCAGGAGAGGGUUUUCAUGGGAAUGGGCCGCAAACCUUUUAUGGACAUUCAACCCAGCGAUGCUGCCAUCUGUGAUCGAUCCGUCAGCUGCGCCCUGCCUGGGAGAAUCCCUGUGGCGUGUUAUUCACACAGGGGCUUAGAGUAUCCACGACCUCACUCCAUUGGCUCUGGCAGCACCGCUUCCACGACUAUAAGCCAAUCAUCUUCCUCCUCUGGACGGGGCUCGCUACCCCCAGCUGGUUAUCCCGGGAACCAAUCACAGGGAGCGGAGACCGGUCUUUCUGUCUACUCUUCCCCUGAGGCUGUGACUGAAAAUGAAAUCAACAAUCUUCACCUUCGUCAGUAUCAUCUUCAUCGUAACUGUGAACAAUGGAAAAGCAAUCACCUACUAAUACCUGUUUCUGCUUCAGUGGACAGCACCUCAUCAUCUGGAGAACACAUCAACGUCUUCAGCAGCUCGGACCGCAGCUGCGUGUCUGCCAUUAAUGCAGAGGUAGUGGACGACUCCUCCUCCGUUGUAUCCCAGAGUUCAGUACACCACCCACAACUUUGCCGGACCCCCAGCCUGAGGGGAGACAGCUCACCAGCGAUUACAAGAAAGAAACCAGGUGUCGCCCCCAAACCUCCACAUCUGGCUAAUGCUCAGCUACAGGAGGAUGACAUUACAAUUGGAAAAUCGACGGAAGUCUAACCCUGGAUUCCCUGCAAAAGAUUGUCGGUGUUCUGAAGCUGCUCCGUCCUGUUGGAGAGCCUCCAGCUGCCCUGCAGAGUGAACACACACAUUUCAUGCUCCACAGUCACGCGGCUGCCAGCUUUGUCUGGUCACAAGGUUUUUAGUUUUCAGUGAUUUAUUGAACCAACUGAGGUUUGGUUUGCUGAUAUCACAUGGCAGUCAUUUACAGGUGGUUGUCUCAUGUGUCUUAUAUCACAGUCUAAAAUUACCACACACGAAAAGAUGAUGUAGUUGAAAUAUUGGUCAUGAGGUGCACACACACACACAUACACACACACCAUGUUGUGGGAUCUUCUGUGCUAUACAGCCAACAACUAUUAACAGCAGGGAUCAUAGAGCGUUGUCUUUAUUAUCUUCUAGAAAUGGCACAAUGCUGGUUCACAAACAGAGAACCAGCAUCACCACACAUGAGGGAGACCCUUUCAGGUGUAUUGCCAGAGCACUGCUUGAGAAACAGCUGUAUAACAUAAUUCUCCUGACAGCUGGACUACAUUGUUUUGGUUACAGGAUCAUGAGGGGAACUUAAUGGAGUCCAACUGCUGAGCUAUCCCCUGGCAAUAGGCCCAGCACUCGCUGCAGAUACAGAACUUAACUGAUUACCAUAAAUGGAGAAGGAUUCAAUAUGCAGAAUCUAAAUGGAUGUUAUAUGUAGAAAUAAUAUAUAUAUAUAUAUAUAUAUAUAUAUAUAUAUAUAUAUUAGG